GUGGCAAUUGCACGCUGAUUCUUUUCGACCAAUCAUAAAGACAUUGGCACCCUUUAUCUAGUAUUCGGUGCCUGAGCAGGGAUAGUUGGGACAGCCUUAAGCCUCCUUAUCCGUGCUGAACUAAGCCAACCAGGGGCUCUCCUUGGAGACGACCAGAUCUAUAAUGUGAUCGUAACGGCACAUGCCUUCGUAAUAAUUUUCUUUAUAGUUAUGCCAGUAAUAAUUGGAGGGUUUGGAAAUUGACUGGUUCCCCUAAUGAUCGGGGCACCGGAUAUAGCAUUCCCCCGGAUAAAUAACAUAAGCUUCUGACUCCUUCCCCCUUCUUUCCUUCUCCUUCUAGCUUCCUCUGGCGUAGAAGCCGGGGCUGGAACAGGAUGAACAGUCUACCCCCCUCUCGCUGGUAAUCUAGCACAUGCGGGAGCCUCCGUAGACCUAACCAUCUUCUCACUUCACUUGGCAGGGGUUUCUUCAAUCCUUGGGGCUAUUAACUUCAUCACCACUAUUAUUAAUAUAAAAUCCCCUGCUGCUUCCCAAUAUCAAACUCCUCUAUUCGUCUGAGCAGUCCUAAUUACUGCUGUCUUACUACUCCUCUCUCUACCUGUUCUUGCUGCUGGCAUCACAAUACUUCUUACAGAUCGAAACCUGAACACCUCUUUCUUUGAUCCUGCAGGAGGAGGAGACCCAAUUCUUUACCAACAUCUAUUCUGAUUCUUUGGCCAUCCAGAAGUUUACAUUCUCAUCCUCCCUGGGUUUGGAAUAAUCUCCCAUAUUGUUGCCUAUUAUUCAGGUAAAAAAGAACCCUUUGGCUAUAUAGGAAUGGUUUGGGCCAUGAUGGCAAUUGGCCUUCUCGGCUUUAUUGUGUGGGCCCAUCAUAUGUUUACAGUAGGUAUAGACGUUGAUACACGAGCAUAUUUUACAUCUGCCACAAUAAUUAUUGCAAUCCCUACUGGUGUCAAAGUAUUUAGCUGACUCGCUACUCUCUACGGAGGCACAAUUAAAUGAGAAACCCCUCUCUUAUGAGCGCUUGGAUUCAUUUUCCUCUUCACUGUAGGGGGACUAACGGGCAUCGUUCUAGCCAACUCAUCUCUUGACAUUGUCCUUCACGACACAUACUAUGUUGUUGCUCACUUCCAUUACGUCCUAUCCAUAGGGGCAGUAUUCGCGAUCGUUGCUGCCUUCGUACACUGAUUCCCAUUAUUAUCAGGUUAUACCCUCCACGAAACUUGAACAAAAAUUCACUUUGGCAUUAUGUUUGCUGGAGUAAACCUGACCUUCUUCCCCCAACAUUUCCUAGGAUUAGCCGGUAUGCCUCGUCGAUACUCCGACUAUCCUGACGCCUAUGUACUAUGAAACACUGUAUCUUCUAUCGGCUCCCUUAUUUCCCUAGUAGCCGUAAUCCUAUUCUUGUUUAUUAUUUGAGAAGCCUUCGCCGCUAAACGUGAAGUACUCUCAGUAGAAAUAACCUCAACCAAUAUUGAAUGACUGCAUGGUUGCCCUCCCCCUUAUCACACAUUUGAAGAACCUGCCUUCGUUCAAAUUCAAUCCUACUCUAAUCGAGAAAGA